UGACCUGCCCUCCCCGUGGACGCGGCAUGUUGCCCUGGACCCCCCGGCGGUGGGGCGCGGGUGAGGAGCAGGCGCCCGAGGAACAAGGCCCCUCGGCGGGCAGCGACCCCGGCCAGGCCUGGGACUCUGGAGAGGAAGCCCUGCGGGCCAAGAACAACCCCACAGGACAGUCCUCAGCCCUGGUCCCAAAGGCCUUCCUGGACCCAGAAAGAGCAGCAGCUGCCUCGGCCGCCCCCAGGCCUGGCUGCCGAGCGGUCACCGGGAACCCCAGUCCUCCCCCCCAGUUCCCCUCCCCCCCCCAGAUGACCUGGGAGGUGGCCCCGUCAAGGAUGACCCUGCUGGCGCCACAGGACCCCAACUGUGAAGCUAAACCGGGACCUCAGCUGGUGUGGGGGCUCAGCUGUGAGUCAGGCACCUCCUUCUCAGGCCGGACCUUGCGCCAUCCCUCAUUCUGCCCUCUGUACGAGGCAGCCUCAGGCAGAGGCCUCAGGCCCAGCCUAGCAGGACGUCAGAGUGGAGAGCAGGUGCCCAGGGAUGCAGGGUUCCCGGUGAUGUGCCGUGAAGAUGUCUUUCUUUCUGACCAUGUGCUGCCCUGUGGGCAGCGUGUUCCCCUGUACCGGUCUCAGGCCCGUCAGCAGGUGAUGGGCUCUCUGAAGCUGCUGCUCCCACCCCCAGUCAUGUCCCCCAGGGUCCUCCCCGCUCCAUCCUCUGGCUGCUCCACCGCCUGGCUCAGUGGGCCUGAGCUGAUCGCCCUCACUGGCCUCCUGCAGAUGAGCCAGGGGGAGCCAAGACCCAGCUCCCCGGGGGCUCCCAUGCCCCCUGCUGGCCCCCCAGACCCUGCCUCUGACCACCCAGGUGCCAGUGGUGGCCAGAGCUGUUCUCACUGCAUGGACCCAUCUCUCCCACGGGCCCCAGACAGCCAAGGUCCAUAGCCCCUCUGGGGGAGAGUGGGCCCCUUACUUCCCCAGGCAGAUUCUGUUGACAAUAAACAGUGUUGGUUUGCAAA